AUGCAGGAUCGAAAGAAAGGAAAGCGUCUUAUUAUAGGCUCGGCAAUCUUCAUCACUCUGAUCAACAUUAGCGUGUUUUUCGUAUGGAUACCCGCGCGUCUUCAGAUAAGCGAAGAGUUUAUACGAAUCAAUGAUGUCUGGGACCGAAUCGAGAAAAUUCUCUAUUUGCUUUUUGACGUUUACCUGAACUGGUAUUUCAUACGAGUAGUCAAGGCUGAGCUAGUGAAGAAUGGCUUGACCAAGUACAACCGCUUAGUUCGCUUCAACAAGCGCAUGAUUGUGGUCUCUCUUCUCUUCGAUGUCUUGAUUAUUGCCGCAAUGAGCAUCCCAAACGGAAUGGUCUAUCCUAUAUUCCAUCCGCUGGCUUACAUAGCCAAACUCAACAUUGAGAUGUCCAUGGCUCACCUCAUCAGAAUGAUUGCUUUGGACGAGCGAAAUUCCAACCCCAACGUGUCUCUAUUUGUCGCAUCAGCAUUGGCACCCGAUGAAACGAGACCCAUCACCAACCUCUUUUCUGAAGUCCGCAUGCCAAAACGUGCGCUUAUCCUCAGCCUGUUCAGCAGCGACCCGUACAAAUUCGUACGUCAAGAUGCUCAAUCAAUAGAGCCAGGAAACAUUUCCACACGAACUACUACGCUCACCGACCUUGAGUUCAAGUCCUUGGAGCACAAUUCCAGUACGAGAAGCGGUUGCGACAACGAUGACAGGGCUGCGCAUGAAGCCGGACUAAAAGGUCCUGUGCUCAGAGAAAACAUCGAUGAAGAGAUGGGGAUUUCGCAGCAGGGGCACGAUGUAAGAGCUCCAUAUCACCUGGCUUCGCAUUCUCGAGCAAAAGGUGCUGAAUGA